AUGUAUAAGAAUUACACUGGUAAGGACUCAAAUAAUUGUUAUGUUUUAGAAGCUAGAGAAAAGAAUGGUGAAGAUAAUAUUUACGUAUCCGAUGAUAAAAACCAAUUGAAUCUUUUAACAUCGCAUAAUGAAGUUAUAAAUAAGAAUGUGGAGAAUUAUUCUUUUGACGAUAUGGUAAAUAAAGACGAUUUCAUAUAUCAUGAAGAUGUGAACAACCUAAUAGAAACGAAGAAUAAAAAUGUUAAUACAUAUAAAGAAAAAGAGAAUAAUCUAAUAAUAAAUAGAGACACAAAAGAUGUGCAUAAUAAUUUUUAUGAUGAAGAAAGAGAGAUACAAGUAUUUAUAGAUAUAUCAAAAUUAUUAAAGAGUAAAGAAGAAAACGAUGGUAACAAUGGGGAAGAUAUAUAUAAUGAUGUUUAUGAUAUAAAUAUAAAUAAAAUUAAAAAUAUAACAAUAUAUCCAAACGUUAUAUUAAAUGAAAAUAAUAAUAAUAAUAAAAUAAUAAAUGAUAAUAAUAAUAAUAAAAUAAAUGAUAAUAAUAAUAAUAAAAUAAAUGAUAAUAAUAAUAAUAAUAAAAUAAAUGAUAAUAAUAAUAAUAAUAAAAUAAUAAAUCAUAAUAAUAAUAAUAAAAUAAUAAAUCAUAAUAAUAAUAAUAAUAAUUAUUAUUAUAAUAAUCAUUAUGAUGAAACACAUUUAUCGUAUGGAUCCAUUCCUUAUGAAAAGAAAGAAAGAAAUGUAGAUAUUCUUCAUGAUUUAAAUAAUAUAUCUUAUGAAUAUUUUUAUAAAGACACAUAUAUAAAUGAACAUGAACACACGAAGAUAAAUCCUCCUCAUGAGGACAUAGAUUUUUUCAGUACUCCUAAGGAGAAAAAAGCAAAUGUUCACAUCAGCAGCAAUAAUAAUAAUGAUGACAGUAAUAAUGAUGACAAUAAUAAUGAUGACAAUAAUAAUGAUGACAAUAAUAAUGAUGACAAUAAUAAUGAUGACAAUAAUAAUGUUGAUAAUAAUAAUAACUAUUAUUAUGAUAAUAAUGAUUAUAAUAAUAAUAAUAUUUUUGUAGAACUCACAAAAACAGUACAUGAACAAAAUAAUAAGAACCAAGUUAACUUGGAUUCUACAAUAAAUUCUUUUCAAAAUAAAAAGGAAGAAACAACGAAUUUAUUUAAAUCAUCAUGUAACAAAAUAAAUAAUUUCUAUUCUACUUCUAAUAAUACAAAUAGAUGUAUCUCAAAUUCUAUCAAGUAUAAUAUAGAUAACUCUUUUAUUAAGAACGAAAAAAACAAAAAACCGUUUUUUUUUUUUGACGAUGAUAAAGAUAAGGUUUUGUUAGAAAAGAAUAUUUUAGAAAGUUACAAUCAUUUGAAUGAUCAUAAAAAUAAAUAUGACCAAAACAUUACUAGGAUAAUAAAUGAUAAACCAUCUAAUUUUUUUAAUUAUAUUUAUAAUAUAGAAAGUAAUAAAGAAGAUAUCAAGUGCAAUUUAAAAAAUAGCUGUUAUGUAUAUGAGAAACAUAAAAUUGAAGAAGAGUUAUCAACAUGUUUAGAUAAUAACAUAUCUUUGGAUACAUUUAAUUAUCUCUAUAAAACAUAUAACGAAGAUACAUGUAAUAUUUAUGAUUCUAAUGAGCAAAAAUCAUCUUUUCUAAAAAAACAUAUUCUUCAAGAAACACAAAUGACUAUACAAAAAAAUGAAAAAUAUAAUAAUUCUAUACAACAACAAAAAAAAAAACAAGAACAACAAAAACAAAAACAUAAUAAUAUUAGGAAUCAUGUAAAUUAUAAUAUGGAAGGUGUACAAAACGUGGAACCUUAUAAAGAUACAGUACAAAAAGAUGAACAAAGUUUUUUGAAUAAUAUAGGAACCAAUUUUUAUAGAGAUAAAAAAAUACAAGAAAUUAAUGAUAUAAAAAAUAUUCAUGUGAACAAUAAUGAUAUAAAUAAUAAUACAUGUACUUCUACAAAUAUGGAUAUACAGAAAUUUUGUUUAGAAAAUAUUAAAGAAUGUAUUGAAAAAAAUAAUAAUCAUCCAUAUUCAAUAAUAUCAUACAAACAAAACAUUUUUAAUAAUAAUGAUAAUAAUAAUAAUAAUAAUAAUAAUAUGAUAAAAAUAGAUUCUUCACAUAUGAAACAUAAUAAAACACAAACGUUAUAUGAUUAUCUAAAUAAACAAGAGGAUACCAUGUCCUCAAAUUUAUGUACUUCUAUUAUUAAUUAUAAUGAUAAUAAAGAAAUUAAAGAAGUGGAUAAUGUAGAACACACAAUGGGAAAUUUAGAAAGAUGUACAAAAAAAAAUUUUUCUGUGAAUAAAGAAAAGGACGAUGUUGAAAGGAGUGAUUUUAUGUACAAGCAGUGUAACAAAGAAAACGAAAAUGAAAAUGAAAAUAUUAAAUAUGAACAUAAUAAAAAUAAUAAUAAUAUUAACAUAGUGGAUGAAAAAAAUGAUUUUUUUCAUUCUUUUAUAUAUCAUAAUAAUUCUGGAACAUCUCCAGAUAACAAGACUUAUUAUAGAAAGCACUGUACACACACCCAUUGUUAUAAUAAUAUAAAUAAUGAUCAUGUGUGUAGAGAAGAUCUUUGUAGUGAUGAAAAAACAAAAGAUCUAAUGUAUGUAUUAAAAAAUCAGGUUUUAAAAAAAAAUAUGAGAAAUGAUGAAAAGAUAAGGGAAUUUUUUUUUUUUUAUGAACACAUGAACAAUAAAAACGUAGGAGAGCAACAUCACAAGGGAAAUGAAAAAGAUGAUAUUCAUAUGAAUAAUAUACAACAAAGUGUUUAUUAUAAGGAAGAUGAAAAUAGAUCAGGGGAUAAUUAUAAUGUCAUGAAUGACGAAAGAAGUAAAAUUGGUUCUACAUAUAUGGAACCAACCAUAUUUUUAACAGAUAAUAAUAUUGAUAAUGAUAAUAAUAAUAAUAAUAAUAAGGAUGAUAAUAAUAAUAAUAAUAAUAAGGAUGAUAAUAAUAAUAAUAAUAAUAAUGAUGAUAAUAUUAUAAAAAACGAAUACAUUAAUAACUACAUUUUAGAAUGUAUCUUCAACGAUAAGAAUCUAGAUAAUAAUUACAAUAUUUAUGAUAAUAUAAACGAUAUGAACAAGGUACACACAUUUGAUUCUAUUGAAUUAUUUAAAGAUAAUAAAAAUUUGUUACAAUCAUUCCAAGAUAAUUUUGAGAAAACUAAUUUUUUAAGAAAGGAUAAAAUUUUUAUAGAUAAUACAAAAAGGAAUAAAAUAAUAAAUAUGAAUCAUAUGAAUGGUGAUGAUAUUAAUCAUGAUGUAAAUGGUGAUGAUAUUAAUCAUGAUGUGAAUGGUGAUGAUGUUAAUCAUGAUGUAAAUGGUGAUGAUGUUAAUCAUGAUGUAAAUUGUGAUGAUGUUAAUCAUGAUGUAAAUUGUGAUGAUGUUAAUCAUGAUGUAAAUGGUGACCAUAUUAAUCAUGAUGUAAAUUUUGACGAUAUGAAUCAUGAUGUAAAUGGUGAUCAUUUUAAUCAUGAUGUAAAUGGUGACCAUAUUAAUCAUGAUGUAAAUUGUGACGAUAUGAAUCAUGAUGUAAAUGGUGAUGAUGUUAAUAAUAUGCUGCAAAAAUAUUUAGAGAGACAAAAAAAGAGAGGAAAUAUUUUUGAAUCCCUUAAUUCUUUUAUAUACAACUUUAAAAAUAACAACAAUAUAAAUAUUAAUAGUAGUAAUAUUAGUAGUACUUAUAAUUUGCAUAAAAGGAUAAACGAUACAAACAAUAUUAAUGAUAUCAAACCAUAUGAACAUAAUAAGCAUAUUAGUAAUACAAGAGUAAAUAAUAUGAUUAAUAAAAAAGAUAUAUACGAUGAUAUGAAUAAUUGUACAAAAUGGGUUAAAAAAGAAACCAUGAGAAAAAAGAAUGAAAGUAUUAGGCUUUUUUCGUAUAAUGAUCAAAAAGAAAAAAAAAAAAAAAAAAACGAAAAAGAUAUAAAAAAUGAUGAUCAUAAUGUUGAUAAUAAUAAAUGUUAUUAUUAUUAUUUGAUGGAUCCUUUCAUGCCUACAUAUCCAAAAAACGAUAUGGUAAAAAAAGAGGAAAAAAUACAUGCUGCUAAAAAUAAUAACGUGCAGAAUAACACAAUAAAGUAUAAUAAAGAACAAAAAAAAAAAGAUCCUAAUAAUGUGGAUGGAGAUAAUAUUAUUUUAACAAUGAUAUGGAAUAUUAAUAAUAUUUCUCUAUUAACCGGUAGUAAGAAUAAUUUUGUAGUGUCACCAGAAUUUCAGACAAAUACAAAAAUUAAAGAAUUUUUCAUAUUAUUUAAUAUGAACAAUCAAAACGUUGUGCAGAAUAAAAAUUGUGUUGAUUAUUAUAUAGAUAUUUUAUUUUCUUAUACAGGAUUUUGUGAUAUUAUAUUUUCCGUUACUUGUGGUAUAUAUAGAAAAAAAUAUACAUGUUAUAAUAUUUCUACAAUACCUUGGUUUGGAUAUAAAAAUUGGGGCGUCUUAAAAAAUUGUAUGAAAAAAGACAUGGUCUCUAUAAGAAUAGAUAUUCAUGAUAUUAAAGAAAAAAAUGAAAUAAAAGAAAUUUAUUUAAAUAAUAUUAUAUCACAGAUAAAAGACAAAAAAGAUAAUACGAAAAAUGUAAACUUGUCACAUGAUAAUCAAAAUGAUAAUAAAGAUUCUAAUCAUGUUUUUAUUAAUCAAGAUAAAAAUUUAUAUCAACAUAAUAUUUUAUAUAAUAAAGAACAAAUCAAAAAUAAUAUCAUAUAUAUAGAUGAUAACAUAAAAAAAAAAAAAAAAGAAUCUAAUCAUAUGUCUAUUAAAAAAAAAAAUAUUUAUGAAAAAAAGGAUAAUAAUUAUAUAUUCGAUAUAAAUAAAAAUAUUAUACAUCAACAUAAUAAAAUGGAUUCUAUAUUACAAAGUAACAAAAUUAAUUACAUUAAUAAUAAUAAUAAAGCUAAUUUUCAAGAAAUCAAUAAUCUGAAAAAUAAGCAAAAUAUAUAUUCAUUUGAAUGUAAAAUUAAUAAAAAUAUUAAUCAUAGAAAGGAAAAUACAACCAAAAAUGACAUCCUUAAUAAUAAUAAUAAUAAUAUUAAUAAUAAUAAUAAUAAUAAUAUAUAUAGUAAUAAUAUUAAUAAUGAUCAUUUUAAAAAUAAUGUUUCCUUAGAUAAUCAUAAUUUUUCUUAUAAUAUAAAUAAACACUUUCAUAAACAUGUAUUUUUACAUCCAACACAAAAACACCUAUCAUCAGGAAAAAAUAACAAUAAUAUUUUAAAUAAUCAAUACCAAAUAAACACAAAAGAAGAUAUCCAAGGAGAGCAUACCUAUUAUACGAGCCUCUAUGGAUAUAAUACUUUAGAAUGUAAAAUUAAAAGGGAAAAUUAA